AUGAUUCUCAAACCAACUAACGUUUUCAAAAAGAAACGAGGGAAUAAAGAAAGUUCAACAGAAUCGUUAAACAAAACUAAAAAGUAUUGGCGGUGUGGAUAUAGCAAUCAUAAACCUGAUGAUAGCAGAUUUCAAACGUACACUUGUUCGAAACGUCCAAAAGAAGGACACUUAAAAAAAAUGUGCAACCAAAACGUAAAUCAAAUUGUCUACGAAGAGGAAGCGUCGGAUGAAGAAGGUUUCGAGGUCGAUCUAGAGCUUGGUCUACAUCACCUGGACGGAGAGUCAACAACAAGUACUACUCAGGCGAACAAAAGAAAUCACGAUUUCUUUGAAAUUUUGAAGGUCGAGGGUAAAGAUAUUUGUUUUGAAUUAGAUUCUGGUGCAGCAGUAAGCAUUAUGCCUGAAAUUGUGUUCAGAGGGCAUUUUCCAAAACGGAAGAUCAUUCCAAUUCUCUUACGACUGGAUGCAAAAUGUAAGAUCCCUUUAGUGGGGCAUAAUUGGCUUGAGAAAAUUCCGUUAAUUCAAAGAGUAUUGUAUUCAGGGAAAUUAGAAGUUGUCAAUAACGUAGAGUCAAGCGUCAUUUUGUUGUAUAACGCGGUACCAAAAUUUUGUAAAGCAAGGCCUGUGCCUUUUGCUAAGCGUGAAGAAGUAGAGGAGGAGUUAGAGAGGCUUGUAAAAGAAAAUAUUUUGGUUCCGGUUUUACACAGUGAUUGGGCUACACCUGUAAUUGUAGUAAGGAAAGCUGGUGAUUUGUUCACUUCUCUACCGGGAAGCAAGUUCUUUACGAAACUUGAUUUAUGUAACGCAUAUCAACAGUUAGAAUUGUCGGAAGAAUCUCGUAAAUUUUUAACGAUUAAUACUCAUGUUGGGUUGUUUCAAUAUACAAGAUUAAGUUUCGGUGUUUCAUCAGCACCGGCAAUUUUUCAAUUAGUAAUAGAUCAAAUGCUUUUGGAUUUUCGUGUAAAUAGUGAAGGUCGUCAUCCGACUAAGGAAAAAAUUGAGGUGGUUUUAGAAGCUCCAAUGCCACAAGAUGUUUCUCAGCUUCGCUCUUUUCUGGGAUUCAUUGGGUAUUAUUCUUGUUUUCUACCAGAUCUAUCUACUGUUUUGAAACCAUUGUAUUAUUUGCUAGAAUCAAAUAGAGUUUUGAAAUGGACAAAAGAUUGUAAGCAGGCUUUCGAAAAUGUAAAGGUAAUGCUCUGUAAUCAGGUGAUAACACAUUUUGAUUCAACUAAACCGGUAGUUUUAGCUUGUGACGCAUCUUCUUAUGGUGUCGGAGCGGUGAUUUUGCAUAUAAUGCAAAAGGGGGAAGAACGUCCCAUUGCGUUCGCAUCAAAAUCACUGACAAAAGCGGAGCAAAAUUAUGCACAAAUCGAGAGAGAAGGGUUAGCGAUAAUUUUUGGUCUUAAGAAAUUCCAUAUUUUUCUGGCUGGUCGCAAAUUUGUAUUAAUAACUGACCAUAAACCUUUAAAAAUUUUUGGAAACAAAUCAGGAGUCCCAGUUAUGUCUACAGCGCGCUUAACGCGUUGGGCAAUAAUUUUAUCGUCUUAUCAAUAUGACAUAAAAUAUAAGCCGGGAAAAGAUAUGGGUAAUGCAGAUGGGCUGAGUCGAUUGCCUUUGCAGAGUAAAUCAAAUGAGAGAGGUGAAUGUUAUAAUAUUUCAUCGAUUAAGGAUUGGCCAUUGUCUGGAAAAGAAAUUAGUAAAUUCACAAUAAAGGAUAAAAUUUUGGCAAAACUCCUCGACUUUACGUUGUUUGGGUGGCCAAAAUCUUGUCCGUCUGACGAGAUAAAACCUUUCUUUUUGCGUAAAAAUACAUUGUCUGUUGAGCAAAAUUGUGUAAUUUGGGAAAAUAGGGUGCUUGUUCCCGAUUUAUUACAAAAAAAGGUUCUCGAUUUGUUACAUGAAGGUCAUUCUGGUAUUGUUCAAACAAAAAUGUUAGCACGUAGUUUUGUUUGGUGGCCUGGAAUUGACAAGGCGAUUGAAAAUUUAGUCAAAGAGUGGGAGUUCUGUCAAAGAAUGGUAGACGAUGUUGAAGCUGUGACGUCGCAUCCAUGGUCGUGGACAAUAAACAUUUUAGAAAGGGUUCAUCUGGAUUUUGGCGAGUAUAAAGGUACUGAGCUAUUAAUUUUGAGGGAUAGUUUUUCAAAAUGGGUGGAAGUGUUUGUAAUGACAACCACCACUUCACAAUCGGUCAUUGUUGAGCUUCGUACGUUUUUUGCAAUGUUUGGAUUGCCUGAACUGGUGGUGAGUGAUAACGGCACUCAAUUGCUUUCCAAAGAAAUUGAAAUUUUUUUUCACGGGAAUGGUAUUAAACAUCGAACGAGUCCUCCGUAUCGUUCCAAAUCAAACGGUCUAGCUGAAAAUUCUGUUAAAUUGGUUAAAAAAGCUUUAGCUAAGCUUGAUUUGCAAGAUGAUCGAGCAGGAAUCAAAAGAAGUAUUCAACACAAACUGGAUCAUUUUCUUUUUUCUUACCGAAACACUCCACAUGUAACAACUGGUAAAUCACCGACGGAAUUGUUUUUAAAGCGAAAACCCAGAACACCCUUGUCCAUGCUCAAACCUAGUCCUAACUGUGACAUGAAAGAAAAACGACAUGAGGCAGUUGCUAAUGCUGUUGGAUGA